AUGAAUUUUAUCAAAGCAACAAUUUUCUUUGCUGUUCUUAUCAGUUAUUCAAUGUCAAUGUCUAUUGGUAACAUUUAUUCACAAUCUAAUGAUGAAUCAGGAUUAAAAAAAAAUGACAUGCAACCAUUAGUUUUUUCAGAAUCUACUGACAAUAAAUUAUCAGCUGUAAAAAAAAGUUUAAUGUUUAAUAAUGAGGCAGCUCUUCGUCUUCGAAAUCUUUUAAGAAGAAAUACUGAAUACCCUAUUAUGAAACUUAAUUCAAAUAAUGUUCCAAUACCACAGGCAUCUUUUUAUGGUGGAAUGCCUAUAGUUUUUUAA